AUUUAAGCGGGCCCGUCGUAAUGAUGAGGGCUUUCUGAGACUGAUUGAUUUCAAAACUUGACGGUUUCGAGUUUCACAGAGAUGAACCCUGAGGUGGAUUACGGAGGCUCCGGGAGCAGCGGGAACGGGAAGCUGCGCCAGUGGCUCAUCGACCAGGUGGACUGCGGGAAGUAUCCCGGACUGGUGUGGGAGAACGACGAGAAGACCAUCUUCAGGAUACCGUGGAAACACGCCGGGAAACAGGACUACAACCGGGAUGAGGAUGCCGCGCUUUUCAAGGCCUGGGCGCUGUUCAAGGGCAAGUUUCGGGAGGGGAUCGACAAACCUGACCCGCCGACCUGGAAGACGCGGCUCCGCUGCGCCCUCAACAAGAGCAACGACUUUGAGGAGCUAGUGGAGCGGAGUCAGCUGGACAUCUCAGACCCGUACAAAGUCUACCGCAUCAUCCCCGAGGGCGCCAAGAAAAGACCCCGGCAGGAGGACAGCCCUCUGAGUCCAAUGGGCUAUCAGAUGCACUCCUAUCCUCCACUGCAGACUCAGAUGUCUCAGUACAUGGCCACACCUGAAUGUGGCUGGAGAGAUUACUGUCAGGAGCAGGCCUCCCUGCCGGAACUACCCUUCACCCAGUGUCCCUGUCCCCCCCGCAGCCUGCCCUGGCAGGGCCCGUCCAUGGAGAACGGAUACCAGCUCAGAGCCUCAAUUUACUCAUACGGUCCUGACAGCCAGCCCCCGCCCUUCACACUGGACGCCAGCAUCAGAUCAGCAGAGCCUCUCUCAGACUUCCGCCUGCACGUCUCUGUAUAUUUCCGGGACAGUCUGGUGAAGGAGGUGACCACUUCCAGUCCGGAGGGGUGCCACAUCACCCCGUGCCCCCCAGAGAAGCACUACCUGCCGACCGGAGGUCCCGACGUGGUCCCCCUGCCUGUGGACAGCCUCUCGGGCCAGAGGAGGGCAGAGGAGUGUCCCCCGAGUCCCCCGUCCACCCUGGAGAGGGGGGUGUACCUGUGGAUGGGCGCAGAUGGUCUCUACGCUCGGAGGAUGUGUCAGAGCAGAGUGUACUGGCAGGGGGGGCCGUCCCCGUAUGGAGACAAGCUCAACAAGCUGGAGAGAGAGGUCAACUGUAAACUCCUGCACACCCAGGACUACCUCACAGAGAUCCAGAGUUACGGGCUCCACGGUCGGCCCCUGCCUCGUUUCCAGGUCCUGCUGAGUUUCGGAGACGAGUGCCUGGACCCACAGAGACAAAGACGGACCCUCACUGUCCAGGUGGAGCCGCUGUUUGCCAGGCAGUUGCUGUUCUACGCCCAGCAGGCGGGCAGCUCCUUCUACCGCAGCUACGAUCACCCGGAACACAUAAACCCCUCGGAGGACUACCAGAGGGCCAUCACACACCACCACAGCAGCAGCCUGCAGGAGUGAACCAUGCAGGUUCAAGUGACUGUUGAAAACUUCAAGAUGCAGCAACAACCUUUCACACGGGCGACAAGGAAACUCUGAGACAAGGGGACAAAACUUUGGGACAGUGUUAAACAUAAAACGAUGGACAUGUAGUGACAGUUAGUGUUUGCCUGGUACGGUCCGGUGUGUGUUUGUCAGUGUGUGUAUGUGUGUAUGUGUGUGUGUGUGUGUGUGUGUGUGUG